CUCUUGUUCAGAUCCUGACUCUGGAAAACCGCUCAGAGUCGUUGGUCGUUAGAAAGAAAUUCGCUGAAAGGAAGGGAGUGCCAUGCGCGAAGGGCGACAAGAGACUUUAUGAUUGUGCAACAUAAUCCAUCGCAUUUGAUGCAUGUUCAGAGACAAAGGAGGCUAAAACUUAAGUGGCGUGGGGCUCAGAGCUGGAAUAAGAGGCUUUAGGAGACUCGUGGUCAGCGCAACGUCACCGCGUCUCCUUUUACGCGCAAAGCUCCGCCAGGCAAGAAACUUCAGGACGCAUUGCAUUUCGGUUCCGAAUUUCUCACAACCCACUUUUUUUUUUUUUUUUUUUUUCUCUCACUGCGUCUUUACUGAGGAGCAGCCAUCUCCACCGUGUUGGUUUCUCUAUUUCUUACCAAAUAUAGACUGAGUUAAAGCUGGACUGUCCUUAACGGAGCGGAACGGAUCGGUCCUGGAUUGGAUAUUUGUAACGCCAGCCAAGUUUGUAAUUAAAUCCUCGCAUUUAGAUUAGAUCAUUUUUGAAGUCAUUCGCGUUUUAUAGCCUAUUGGGUUUUUUUUUUUUUGUCUAAUUUGUUGAUGGUUUAAUAGAAUCAGCCUCCGUUGGCACACUUUGUAUCACGUUUUCCCAUCAUGUUGAUUUAACAUCGCAUAGUAGCCUUUGACUGCUGUGAACAGAAGCCAUUUUUAAGUCAGAUUUCCAAGCCUGUGUGAGUCACUGAUCACAGGCUGCAAAACCUGCUCUACACCGCAGAUCUAACCUGUGCACAUAUAUUCCAGACUCGUUUUUUCUUCCUCCUCCUCUGAACUCCCCUAGACAAUGGCUCUCCGUGCGUCGGGGUGUGGGCGCGGUGGAUGUGCCAUGGCUCGGUUUUUGCUCCUCCAUGUGUUGGUGCUCGGCUGGGCCGGAGCCGAGCAGGCCAAGCCGGUGCAGGAGAGCCCACCGGUCACCCUCCGCACCGUGAUCACCGGAACCUGCCAGGAGAUCCACCGGUACGCAGAGUCCGUGUUGGGAACCGGCGUGGUGCGGUCAGUUGUGGAGAGUGCAGUGUUGUUUCUUGAGUCAUUGUUUGGUCAGGAGAACGUCUAUAAAGUGGCUAUGUUUUUUGAAAUGGCUAUCCGAUUCCUGGCUGAAGGAGCUGCCAGUGGCCUAAAUGUCAUCGCUGUGUACGUCACAGAGAUCCUCAGGGUCACAGGAUUCGACGCUACACUGACGUUGCCUCGCUUCACCCCAGAGGGUGUGACCGCAGUAGCCCAGUGGGGUCUGCUGACCCUCAUUGGCUACUGGGUGCUGUCCAUCGUUCUCCGUCUGCUGAUUGGUGUGGUAAGGCAGGUGUUCUGGGUGGUGAGAACCGUCUUGGCGCUCUGGUUUUUCGGACUGAUCGUGACCGACAAGACUGCCUCAGCGGACACCACAGCAGUGAGACUGGCAGGCCUGGUGCUGGUAUGCGUCCUGUUGACCCUGGCCACUUCUGGUUCAGAGAAGUCUAGUGCGGUGGAGGUCCGGCUGAACAGCUUGGAGGGCCGGCUGAAGGCGGUGGAGAAGAGGAAAGCGGAAUAGUGACAGAAAAAAGUGGACGGUAAAGGGGUGAUGGUAAAAAGUGACACUGAUGGUUCUUGUGUCUGUCAAACUGUUAUGGUAAAUAAAAUAAUCUCUGGGAUUUUUAAUCAGAAAUGCUGUUUUGUUUGUGUGCAAAUGCCAAAACAAUCAAAGCACAUGGAUUUUUUUUUUAAGGUGAAUAAUAAUUGUAACAGGUGCACAAAGUUAUUGAGAAGAAGAAAGAUUAUAAACUGCCUGUUUUGUCGUUUCACAACUGCAUAAGAAUAAAAAGUCAGAUUUUGCACAAUU